AUGACUUCUGAUUCAGGUGUCAUGCUGGCUGCUGAUCACCAAAUGGAGGAGACCUCAAUUGAAGUUUUCAAUGCCAUCUGGGCGGGACGAGACGCAUCGACCAGCGAAGAUGAGCAGGUGUAUCAUGAUGUGAUCAAACACUCUCCUUCUCCUUCUUUAAAGAAGGACCGCAGAUCUCCGGAGUACCUUCGUCAGAAAGCCGAACGCCAACUCUAUACUCUUGAGAAUAUUCUGGUUUUCAAGCGACAGUCGGAAGCUGCCUCAUUGAAUUCCAAUCCCCACCACGACGGGUCAUUCUUCGCUGCCGCGAACUCGCCUUCACCUUCCCGCGUGGAUCGUGAGGUCCGACACAUCAUCGAAGCGCUCGAGAAGCAGAGGCAACUCGAAAGCAAUCGAACCCAAGGCUGUGCUCUUGCAACAUUGUCUCAAGGGAGAAUCUCCCCCUCAGCUCCGUGCCUCACCGUAGGUUCAAUCUAUCACAAAUUAUACCACCGCUUUCUCGCACGCAGAAUCAUCAAGCAAACCCAAACCAUGCAUAACCGUCGUACUUUUAUUACUUUAAAUAUGGAUGAAACUAUUGAAGAUGAUAACACCGGCGAUGAAUGGAUCUCGGAAACAUGCGUCGAGAAAGCUCAUCGAAUUCUGCAGCCGUUGGGCAUUGAGAUGUCGCAUACACCACUCACAUGGAAAGAGCAUCAAUUCAUCUGGAACAAUCCGCUGGGUAGAUAUGGUUGCUUCCGACCGAGCUAUUUGAGGUGGAGCUGGACCGCGGUUGAGGAGUGCGAAAGUCAUCCAAACGUACUUUCCAUGUUUUGCUGUGGGCCAAACCCUUUUCGUGCAGUUGGGAUGGAAAUCUGGAACACUAGCCGUUGGCCGACCAUUUUGAAAUGGGCUGGAUCUUUUGAGGCCUAUAUUAGAAUCCUCCCUCUUAGAAAAUUUUGGAACUUCUCCCCAUCUUUCAACAUCACGAUCAGUCAAGACCACAAGAGAACAUCACUUCCCAGCGUUCCCGCGACCUUCAUUCGUUGGACUUUACUCAUCAGAGCUCCGAUAGUUCAAUCUUCCAAACCAACACCGAUUAAUCAGCAAUAUAUUUCAGUCAUGGAGCAACCAGCAACCAUUACACCCUUUAAGGGUCCUAGCUGGGCUGACAUGAUGGACGAGGAGGACGAGGAGAUCGAGAGAAUGCGUGACCAGCCCGCAACUACCACACCCUUUAAAGGUCCUACCUCGGCCGACGAAAUGGACGAGGAAAACGAGAAGGGUGCUCUUCCUGAGUUUAGCCCCGGAAAGGAAGUCACUUCAGUUCAGAGUGAUCUUCAGCAGACAGUCAUUGUACCAGCUGAAGGCAGUUCAAUGAAGAAGCCGAAGGUGACCAUCCAACGCCGCCCUAAUAUGAAGAACCAGAAGUCUUGCAGAGCAAAGGCGAAGCCAGCUGCGCAGGCCGCUCCAAUUCAAUCAACCAGCGCUGUUGGUACAAAUGACACAGUCUAUCAACGAGGCGGCCGUGAAAAGGUUGUCAAAUCCGAAUCUCCAGGGCUGCAGACUACUUUAUCUCAAUCUACCAUUACCACUGGUAAAUUGAUCACAAGCGAUCAAGAGGAUGACUGUGGAGAAGAUGCGAAGUCCGAAACACCCGAAAUGGAUAUUGCCUCAUCUCAAUCUACCAUUGCCACUGGUACAUUGAGCACAGGUGCUCAAGAAGGCGGCAGUGAAGUCGCUCGGUCGGAGUCCCCAGCAUCACAGACUGCUCCAUUUCAUUCUACUAGCGUCGCUGGUACAUUCAGCACAGAACUUCAAGCUGUUAUUGAAGGAUUCGCUCAAUUAAAGUUCCUUAUCUCUGACGACAGCUCAUAUUAUACCGCGAGCGAAGGUUACUUCACUCCCUUGGGAAGCCCUAUGCGGAGCCCGCCAGCGACAGAUGAUGACACACAACGAGUUGGGGACAUUGACGCAAUGGUACGCGGCAUGCUUACGCAAUCUUUUAAAUCAGAUGAGAAAUGCUACGAUAGCGCUCGAGAUGGACCCCUUGGGAUGUGGAUUGGGAAGAAAUUGGGCGAUUCAAAGAAUGCCACCAAGCUAGGAAAGGAAGAAAGAAAGGUUGAGCCGAAGGUUCCGAGAACCGUUCCUCUGGUUGCCGUUCCAAAAUUGGAACACAUCCUCAAGAAAAGACGUUCUCAGAUUCAACCUUCUCGCUCCUAA